CCUCAUGGCUCCGCCCACGCGGCCAUGGCCGACGUCCGCUGGUCUCGCCCAGGCGUCGCUAGGCAAUGUCGCGGACAGAGGGGCUUUGCUCUGAGCGACCCCCGCCCGCCCAGCAGUUCCUAUGGCCGAGGAGCCCGAUCCUGAAGCUGCCACUGCCGCCUUACGAAGCGCGGAGGAAAGUUGCACAGCCCAGAGAACCAGCGAUCAAUACCGGGUGAGCCAAGAGUUACCUGCCCGGUUCAACCAUCCGGGAUGGUUUCGGGGUUACAGAGUGAAAGAGCGCAACCCAUUGUUCAGGACGACCAACAUGGACUAUGGCGCAAAGGCACCAACAGUGCACGAGAUGCCGACCAGUUUCCAUGUCAGUCCACAUGCCUUCUCUGACCGUCUCAUCACGUUCGGCAUGUACAGGAACUAUGGCAUCAACACUGCCAUGGAAAAAAGCUACGUGACUGGUCCUGACAACUUCAUCACUUUCCUGGAUACCCUCAACUUCCACCCGAGUUAUCGAACUAAAGGACCCUCCCUUUCGGAGUAAGGGGCACCGGAAGGCUUCCAAGCUCUCCUUUAGCUUUUUACCGUUCCAACAGCCACAUCAAAAAAUGAUUCCUCAAAAUGUUUGUAAUGCACCCCCCCUUGGAAAUGUUUUAUUUUUACAAAGGUGACUUGCACCAGAGACUGCAGAACACUCUGAAGGGAUCCUAGCUUGCAUCUUGCAAAAACAGUCUUAGCCUCUUUCUUAAAUACGAUGAACAUGUUAAGAGCAUUGCGUGCCAUAAAAAAAUAUUUUGGAAUGGCCAUGUCUGUGUGCCUGGUUUCAAAAUUAGGGCAAGAUCUACUUUGCCAAAGAUACCACAUCUG